GGAGACACGGCCCAGCGGCCCCAGGCCCCGCCCUGGGAGCCCCGCAGCGCGUCGCGCCGCUGCCCGCAUCUCCGAGGCCCACGACGAGCGGGGCCUCACGGGAGCUGGAUGCUCGGAGCAGCAAGGCGGGCCUGGGGGCCCCUUCCGGUCCCGGGGCUGACGCCUGGCGGCGUCUCCGGGAACCCGCGCCCUUUCAAGCGCCGCUGGCUCCUGUUUCACAGAUGGAGACCCUGAAGCCCCAACAAGCAGCCUCCCCAGCACCUCCCAGUGACUGAAAAAGCUGGCACUGGGCGCCCGUCUCACUCUCCACCCAGCUCCCAGGCUGCCCCACGGGACCAGCACCUUUGGGGAGAGACGAGACCUGAACAAACGCUGGGGCCGGAUCCCCAGGGUGGGUCAGAACAGCCGUUGCCCUGAAAGCUGGCCCGGACAGAUGCGUGCGGGGCGUGCCACCGGAGCUCCCUCCAGCUUGCGUCUGGGGCCACCAUGUCCCUUCCUCAGGGCACUGGAUCCAUCUCUUCAAGCUCAGUGGUCCAGGCCAUGGUGGCAGAAUCACCCCCCAGGGUGUGACGCCUCGUCCCUGUCAAUUCCACACAGCUGCACCCGGAAGAGCUGUGGCCGGGCGCCGCUCUGACCUGUGUGCGGUCCCCUGAAUGGGUCUCGGGUGUCUUCAGAAUGGUGAGGCCGCCUCAUUUCCUCACCACACAACCCUCCUGAGAACGUUGCCUGCAAAUGGGCGGAAUUCCUAAUUUCUACCAUUCGGUUAAACGAGGGAUCCUUAAACCCCAAAGCUGGGAAAGCUGUCCGUUAAUUUAGUGUGCGUGGGCCGUCUCAGAACAGCAGGGUUCCCAGGAGUCCAGCGGGACAGGGGAGGGGAUGAGUGGCCGUGUCCCCCUGGCAGAGAAGGCCUUGUCUGAAGGCUACGCCCGCCUCCGGUACAGGGACACCUCCUUGCUCAUCUGGCAGCAGCAACAGCAGAAGUUGGAGUCGGUGCCACCUGGGACGUACCUGAGCAGGAGCCGAAGCAUGUGGUACUCACAGUAUGGAAAUGAGGCCAUCUUGGUCCGAGACAAAAACAAGCUCGAGGUCUCUAGAGACACAGGGCAGUCCAAGUUUUGCACAAUUAUGUGAUUCCGAUGUGAGCACCUGAACCCAGGACCACACUUUGAGGAAAACAGACCUGAGUUUCAUUCAGUUGUCUUGUUGAUUUCCAAUCCUUGCUGGAAGAUUUUGAAUAAUAAACGUGAAGAUCGAACUGUGGUGUAAGAACCCAAGAAGCGCAGAAUUGGCCCCCGAGCCCCUCAGCACAGCCGCGGUGUGACUGGUGCACAGGACACUUCCCCUCUAGAGUCCCCUCCGUGGUCAGCUGUUGUGACAUUUGAAUUCUCCAGGUGCUGCUAGGGACAGCAUAGGCCUGGGCACUGCUAGAUGCUUGGUUUAAACCAGGCCAAGAGUAACCCUCCCAUCCCCAUUACAAACCACCUUUUCAAGUUUUUUAGGUUUUAGUUUUUUGUUUUUAGCAUAAAUGGCGGAGUAGCAGCAGCAUCUCACCAGGAGCUUUGUCGCAUUACAUUUUGUAUUUUGCUUUUUUGAGACGGGGUCUCACUCUGUUACCCAGGCUGGAAUACAGUGGCACGAUCACAGCUCACUGUAGGCUCGAUCUCCUGGGCUCAGGUGAUCCUCCCAAACUCAGCCUCCCAGGUAGCUGUGGCUCCAGGCGAACUACUGUGUAUAGAGACAGGGUUUCCCUAUGUUGCCCAGGCUGGUCUGGUCUUAUAGUCCUGGGCUCAAGCCUCCCAGAGUGCUGGGAUUACAGGCAUGGGUCACCGCACCAAGCCCGCAUUUAUAUUUUGAGUUACCAAAAUGAUCGUCAUGUGUGAAGCAUCAUGGUAGCUUCCAAGCAUUUGCGGCCCACUGGCCAGUGCAUCCAAAACACAUUCAGGAAACCCGAGAGUUGUAAGUUGCACAUGUGUGGCCUACAGUGACUUCCAUGUAGUAACAGGGCUGAGCAAGGCAGGCUCUCCACCAGACUUAAAGCAUUCAACCACUCUGCCCCCAGGCCGACACUGACAUGUGUUCACUGUCGCUGCCACAGCUGGCCACCUGUGUUCAGUCUCCACGAAGGAUUCACCUUCUGCUCUCACUGACAUUUCCUUGGCUACACAAAUGUGCAGGUGUCUCUUGUCAAAGCUAAUUUUUCUUUUCUAAAUAAACAUCCUUUAAUACA